AUGAAAGACGAAAAAGAUUUACUAACAGAAGAUAGAGGAUCAAGAGAUCAUCGUGUUGCUGAAGUUGAUGGUGUUGAACGAUGUGCAGUAAGGUGUUGUCAACCAACCGAUUUAGUCGAACGAUGGUCGUCAAAAGAAAAAAAUCAUAUACAAUUUGCACGACCAAAUAUUGUAAAAGUAUAUAACCAACACAUGGAUGGUCUUGAUUUGAUUGCCAUGUUAAUUUCAUUAUAUCGAAUUAAUGGUCAUUCAAAAAAGUACUAUACUAAGAUUAUCUUUCAUCUUAUUGAUCUUUCAAUUGUAAAUGAUUGGCUAUCGUACCAUCGCCAUUGA